AUGGGCAAGAACAAGAAAAAAACAGGCAAAAAGGCUAAACGCCAGCCCCAUGUGGAGAACAUUGAUGAAACGGCUAAUGAACACGAAGCAGUACUUAAUCCUGUAAACGGACACGAUUCCAUAGAGAUUUUUACAGAGGCAGAUGUUGUUGGUGGCGUGGAUAAUGUAGGAGCCAAGAAGGAAGAGCUUUCAGAGGGAGCAGAUCGACAAGAAGUCGGCGAUGACCUGACCACAGAUGAAGUUGCUUCGUCAGAGAACAAAAAGGCUGACGACGAGAUUAAGGUUUUAAAAGAAGAAAUAAAACGGUUGAAUCUGGAAUUGGAUGCUAAAAAAAGCGAAGAGACGUUCAAUGAAGGCCCUAAAGAUGAACUAGCAAAUGUUAUCAAAGAAAGGGACGAAUUCAAAACGCAAUAUGACACAUUAUUGAGCAAGAUAUCUUCAAUGAAAUCAAUUUUCAAUAAAAUGAAAGAAGCACAAAAACAAUUAGAAGAAGUACAAGAGCAACUAACGGAAUAUGAAUCGCAAAACCUGAAAUUGAAGAAAAAGCUUGAAGCUACCAAGACGGAAAACUCUGAGCUACAAUCUGCCAUUGUAACACUAAAUAAAGAAAUAGAACAUCUGGAAAAUGAGCAGGAAAAUGCAGAAGAUGUCUUUUUAGAGUAUGAAUCAAGUGUUGAGGCUUUACAAGGUGAAAAGCACGACAUAAUUGAAGCACAUAACAAAGAACUUAACACUUAUAGGAAGGAAAAAGAUCAAUUGAGUGUUCAAAUCCAAGAACUCAUGAUAAUAUUGGAGAAUAAUAAACAGGACAUCUCCGAUUUAAGAACAGAGAGAGAUGAAUUGAAACAGGCUUUGGAAUCCCAUGAAAGUGAAAAGGCAGUAUUACAAAAUUCUGUAAACGACCUGGAGCUGAAAAUCGAAGAAACUGAUAGCAAAAGGCAAGAGGAGGGUAGAGAAAAGGACCUGGAAGUCAAGGCUUUACGAUCUCAACUUGACACGGAGCUGGAAGCCCACAACAAUGACAUACAAAUUCUGGAAAACUUGAAAAAACAAAUAGAGGACAUGAGAGAGGACGUAUCCAUGAAGGAAAAAUACGAAGAAGAAUCUAAGCAGCACAUCUUACAAAUUGGCAAGCUACGUCACGAAGCUAUCAUACUAAAUGAACAUUUAACAAAGGCACUGGCCAUGCUCAAAAAAUCAAGCGACUCCGAAUCCGUCGACAAAGAAUUGAUAUCCAACCUUUUGAUAUCUUUCGUAUCCAUACUUAGAGCAGACCCAAGGAAGUUUGAAGUUCUUGAAUUGCUAUCAAAUUUCUUAAACUGGGAUGAAGACAAGAAACAACAGGCGGGCUUAAUCUCGAAUAAUGACCAGUCCAGAAAUUCAAGCGCCGUAUCAAGAACAGAAAGCUUCGUGUCGCUAUGGACCAACUACCUCGAAAAGGAAAGUGAAAAAGACUGA